CCCGAGUGUAGUAGAUAUUGGGAGAUCAUCAGGAAGUGAGUGAGAGGAGCAGGGAAGUUGCUGGUGGCCAUGGGGAACCCAGAAGCCGAAGUGUAUUUUGUCUUCAUGAACUUUGAUCCUGAGUACGAGCGCCUGCGAGCGAAUCACAGGUCGACAAAAUGUUCAGCGGAGCUUGACGCUUAUCUGAGUAACAAGCACGACCAGCUGCUAGCAAAGCUGCUUCGACCAAACAGCUACAAGAAGAAAUCUUCUUUGGCCAUUGUUGAUGGUUUCGCCGUGGAAAUAACUGAAAACCAGGCAGCUAUACUGAGAUCGGCCAAGGAAGUGAGGGUGGUCGAGAAGAACCAAGAGCUCGCUUGAACCAUGAGAUGCUAGAUGUAUGUACUCAAUGUUAGCAAGUUGAGAAGUAGGUGACAUAAUAUGGUUAUGUAUUAGAAUAAUCAUCUUGGGAGUUGGCUUGGUCUUGCAGCGAGAAACUUAUAAUACCUAUUGCUAGUAGUGUGGCUUUUUGGCUCUCGAGCCAUGGGUUAAGUCAAGAUUUAGAUAACUGUCAACCUCCUAGAGCAGGACCUAGGUAGAGUUUUCAAAGGCUUCAUUGACUUUCCUUUCAAGGAAAUUGGUUCUUGAAGACUCUGAAGGCCUGAAUUUGUGUGUUGUUGUUACUUUUUCUUCUGUAAAGCUCGAGUUUCUAUUGAUGUUUGAAUCCGAAAUCUAAUUAAAUGUAUAAACCAAGUAUCUAACCAUAA